CAGCAAACCACAGAGGCUCCCCCGAGCUCAGGAAGACGGGCUCAUCGAAGCUUAUCGUGCGCCCGGGCGCACCCGAUGCCCGCCCUCUGGACAGAUCAAGGUCAACGGUCAAACAAAUCACCGGCAACCGACCCAUCAUCCUCCUCCUCCUCCUCCUCCGGCGCAUUUUAGAACAAGGCAAGAAGCGACGGAUCUGAGCCAGACAUGUCCCCAUCCAUUGAACCCCACCCUCUCUCUCUCUCUCUCUCUCUCCUGUCUCUCACCCGUCACUGCCCACACAUUUUCCUCCCAACACCAACACCAACAACACAGCCCCUCUCUCUCAUCCCCUCUCUCUCUCUCUCUAGCCACCAACGCCUCCAUGGCACACCACACCAAGCACAGGCGCGACUUGGCAGCCACAGAGGUCCAAGCGCGGACUCAAAACACCCUCAGGAAGCACCCAAAGCAAGCACUUUUCGCCACCAGCAGAGCCGUAGCCAAAGACCCAGAUCCCACCAUUGCCUCCACGCCCUUCGACGUGCCGAAGAUCGCAACUUCCCAGAAGCCCACCAGUCUAAGCUCUGCAGCUGCUAGAGACGUCCUCUUGCAAGCCAAGGCCUUGCAUAAAUCUGCAGACUUCGAGUCCUCCAAGUUCUCUUCUUGCUCGGUCGCGGCCAGGCAAGGGAAGGGAAGUCAAGAAACGGGGAAGCAGCGGGGCAAGAAGACGAAGGGCGAUGGUGCAGUGAAGGUGAAGAAAUUGGCCAGAGAAUGGGAGGAUGGGGUCGGGGAAGCUAGGGCAUUUGAGAAGGAGAAGAGUAAGGUUGAGGUGUCUCGAGAUGGGAUCGACAUGGUCAAGUUCUCGGCUCUGUUGGUGGCGGAGGAGGAGGAGUUGAGGAAGUGCCGCGAGGAUGCUGUUGAUGGUGGGAGGAGGAGUUCAACGUCUUCAGCGGUGGCGAGCGGUAGGAGGAGGAGGUCCUUCGGUGGUGUGCAGGUUGAGCUGAGUGAUGUCUUCGCGAGCAGCGGAGUGAGAGUUGUUGCAGUGGACAUGCCACCCUUUAUGCAGAUUCAUGCUGUGGACUGUGCAAGGAAGGCCUCUGAUAGCCUCGAGAAGUUCAGCUGCAGGGCACUUGCUUGCACACUCAAGAAGGAGUUUGAUGGGGUUUACGGACCUGCUUGGCACUGUAUCGUAGGGACAAGCUUUGGGUCUUUUGUGACACACUCGGUAGGGGGAUUCAUGUACUUCUCAAUGGAUCAAAAGAUGUAUGUCCUCUUGUUUAAAACUACAGUACAAAGAGCAGAUUGAGGUGGGUGACUAGGGACGAAAGGGUAAAAGAUUGGAGAGCUUUUUUUUAGGUAGGGCAGUCUUCUUGUAAGGCUAUAAAAGCUACAGGCAAUGUUUGUCCUCUUUGUAAAUUGUACAUCGAUUCUGAUUUACAAGAGUUCGGGAAAUUGCAUUGCCCUUUUGCCUUUACCACUUUUCUUAUGUUGGAAGUAGCUUUUUCUAGAGUGGGUUCCCAUGAUGGAAGGCUGAAGCUGAAUCUUGAAGACAUUGCUUUUGCUACUUUGUCGUGGGAUUUACUGAGGGACAAGCCACAUGGAAUUGGAAGCUCUUAAGUCUCCAAUUGUCAUUAAGAUUUUACUUGGCUUUAUAGCUUCUUGCCUA